AUGUCCAAGGCUCCGGAGAUCAGUGUCGACGUCGACGCCGACGACGGCACAAACCACGAACUUCGUGCGGCGCGUGUGGUUGCGCAGACGCCGAAACAAACCCGCCGGGGCUGGUUCUGGGAUACACUGGACAAAUCGCCCGAGGAGCGACGAUUCCUGUUCAAGCUUGAUACCGGCCUUCUGACCAUUGUUUGCUUUGGAUUCUUCGUCAAGUUCCUCGAUCAAGCCAACCUGAACAAUGCGUUCGUCUCUGGCAUGAAGGAAGACUUGAACAUGUUCGGCAAUCAGCUCAACUACGUGACGACCAUAUACACAGUGGGCUCUAUUGUUGGGAAUAUUCCCAGCAAUCUUCUCAUGACAAGAAUCCGGCCGUCAAUCUGGCUUCCCAACCUCAAGAUAAUCUGGUCGGUGUUGACCAUGUGUUUGUCUCGAGUCAACAAUACCAAACAACUAUAUGCAUUGCGCUUCUUCAUCGGUUUGUCAGAAAGCGGAUUCUACCCCGGCGUCGAAUAUAUGCUCGGUUCUUGGUACCGGAGGGAUGAAUUAGCCAAGCGAGCAGGGAUCUUCAACUUCACCGGGUCGGUAGCCACCAUGUUUUCGGGCUACCUGAUGAGCGCAGUGAUCAGUCUCGACGGCAGAGGAGGCCUUCGAGGUUGGCAAUGGCUAUUUAUCAUGGACGGAGUGAUAUCCUUGCCCAUCGCCAUAGCCUCUUUCUUCCUGCUCCCGGAUUAUCCGGAGAUCUCUCGAGUGUGGUAUCUGAACGAAGGCGACAAGGCAAUUGCCAGAAAACGCAUGGAAUUCGAAGGCCGCCGAAAGAGACAACCGUUCACAAAGAAGAAGGUGUUGAAGAUCUUGAGUUCCUGGCACUUGUGGCUUCUACCUCUGCCUAUCUUCUUCUGCGCUGGCGCUGGCGGUGGUGGCCAGCCGACCUUUGCGCUGUGGCUGAAAGCAUCCAAGCAUCCCAAGUACACUAUUUCCCAGAUCAACACCUACCCUACCACAGUGCCGGCCAUGCAGGCUGCCGCUACGCUCGCCUACACUUGGAUUUCGGAUUCCUUUCUACGUGGUCGGAGGUGGCCUAUAAUGCUUUGGGCAACGACCAUCAACUUCAUCGUCUUCACUUCUCUAGCGGUCUGGAACAUCCCAGUUGGAUGGCAUUGGGCAUGCUAUAUCUUGAUGGGUCAAGCCGUGGCCACCAGUCCUCUCAUGAUGACCUGGACGAAUGAACUCUGCUCCGGCGAUGCCGAGGAGCGCGCUCUCGUGCUUGCCGUGGUCAACGACUUCCUCCCAGUGAUGAACAUCUGGCUGCCGCUCCUCAUCUGGCAACAGGUCGACGCUCCAAGAUACCACACCGGGUUCAUCACCGCCUCGUGCCUGAUUGUUGUCGGCUUCUUCCUGAUCCUGGCGAUACUAUAUCUCUCCCAUAGGGACAGGGAUAGACACCAGCAGAGGUAG